AUGGAUCCAACAUCUUCAUCGGGUACAAUGAAUUCUGCGAAAAUUACACAACAACAAAAUAAUAAACAAUCUUCAUCACCUAGUGGUCGAAUUGCAUUGCCUGAUUCAAUUUUCAAGGCACUUGAUACAUUGAACACAGAUGAGAAGACGAUUAAUGAUGAUAGGAAAAAAUCUGAUUCGAAAUCACACGGUUUUAAAUUACCCACAACAACAGCAUCGUUAAAAAGAGAUUCAAUUAUUAAAUGGUCAGUACGUCAUCGACCAAACAAUACUAUGAUGACUACAACUAAUAAUAUUCCAUCUAUUGCUGAGUCGAAACAGGUGACAACAAGCAAGAAAAAUGUGGAUCCAAAUCAAAAUAUCAAUUGUUCCACGGAAUUGAAGAAUUAUUCAGACUCUUCAAUGACUUUAGAAACUCCGUCAACUACAGUUUCAAAAAAUGGAUCAUCUAGUCAUUCUCGACCAGGACGAUUCUUCCGUAGUCUAACAUUAAGGAUAGCUCGAAGUCAUACAAAUCAUCAUAAUAAUCGAAUUAUUUCUAGUAUACAAAAAUCCAAUCAUAAAUAUACUAAUAACACUAACUUUAAACCACAUAGAAUGAGUUUAUUGAAACCAAAUAAUAAUGAAGCUGAAUUAACUGAAGAAUUGAAUUCAUCUAAUCGAUUACAUUAUUCUUCAUUAACCCAUUCUACAUCAUCAUCACCAACAACAUCAUCUAGUCAUCCAUCUACAACACAACAACAACAACAUCAUCAUGAUAAUGAUGAAGUGAAUUGUGAUGAUGAUGACGAUACGAUGAAAUGUCUUGUGUCAAUUAAUCCAGAUCCAUGGAUAACUAUGGAACCUGGAAAACAACAACGUAAGGAUUUGAUAUCAAAAUGCAAACGAUCAUUAUCCAGUGAAUUAGAUACUAAUAAAUUAAAACAACACCCUAGUCCUCUUCAUUAUUAUCCGUAUCAUCAUGGAAUUGAGUUUCCUACCAAUAAUAACACAUCGGCUAAUAAUCAGUCUAUCGCCGCUGGUUGUGGCGGUGGUGGUAGUUAUCAAAAAAACCGGAGUCGAACCGUGUUGCCUCGACCUUCCAACGUCGAAAACUGUGGUCAUAACUUCCGACAUGCAUAA